AUAAAACCCGAGUGUAUAAUAGACACGUUAUGUCGUUGGGGCCUAAAAUCAGAGUAAAAAAAGCCUAGAGUGGAAUCUGAGUCUCUCUAAACUCUCUACCCCCUCUCUUCUCCUCUUCAACUGCAGCACUUUAUUCUCUCUCCAAAAAUUCGAUACUUUGCCUUACUCAUAACCAGCAUAAGAAGAGGAGAGAUUACACCCUGCCCUUCUCUUUCUUUAUGUUCCCCACAUUGUCUUGUUCUUCUUCUCUCAGAAUCUCAUUGUCAUAAAUCAUAAUUCAUAAUUCAUAAUACUAUUAUAUACUUCUUACUUCAUUAUUUACUGUCUCAAUCCCUCUCUUUCCUCUCUUCAUUUGUCUCUUGCUAUGUUUCUUCUCUUUUGGCUUCCUCUGUUUUUUCCCCUGUUUUCCCCCCCUUUUUUCUCUUCACUUCAAAUUAGAUUCAAUGACUUCUGUUUUAACCAAAUUCCUAACUGGGUUUUCUUUCUUUGACCUCCUUGUUUAAAACCCAGAAACCAAUUUGAUUUUGAACCUGUAUUCUCUUUGUUAGCCUUGAUUUCUUUCUCGUCAUUUAAGGGGAAAAAAAAUAAAUACAACAAAAAGAUUUAAAUUUUUUUUCCCUUUUUCUUUGUCACUUUUCUUGUAAAGAUCUAAGAGUGUAACCUUGAUUCUUUUCAUCAAUCUAUUAUUGGGAAUAUUGCACAUUUUCUAAUUUCUUCUCAUUUUCUAACAAAUUUGUUGCACAAAUAAUUUCGAUUUUAAGUACCCUAGAAAAAAAAAUAUAAGGGUGUGGGAAGUGUUCUUCCUAUAUGAAGUACUGAAAACAAUGACUGAUGGAAGCUCCAAAAAAACCAAGCUUUCAUGGCCCAAGACAUUGGUAAAGAAAUGGUUGAAUAUCAAGAGUAAAGCUGAAGAAUUUCAUGCGGAUGAUGUCUUCAAUGAAGGUUGUGAUGAAGAUUGGAGAAGCAAUUACAGGGAGAGAGAGGCAUGCACUCUAAAGAAAAGCAAAACAGAAAGAUCAUAUAGGAGAAGUUCUGACCGUGCUCGGCGAAUUAAGGUUGAAUUAGAUAAAUCUCAAGUUACUGAUGUAGAAAAUUAUAGGAUAUUUGUAGCCACAUGGAAUGUGGCAGGAAAAUCUCCACCUAACCAUUUGAAUCUUGAAGAUUGGCUUCACACAUCACCUCCUGCUGACAUUUAUGUUCUUGGUUUUCAGGAAAUUGUUCCUCUGAAUGCUGGUAAUGUUUUGGGUACAGAAGAUAAUGGUCCUGCUAAAAAGUGGCUAUCAUUAAUUAGGACAACUUUAAACAGUCUUCCUGGUUCAAGUGGUUUCUAUCAAACACCUUCUCCAAUCCCUGAUCCUAUUGUAGAGUUAGAAGCCGAUUUUGAGGGAUCAUCAAGGCAAAAGGCCUCCUCAUUUUUCCACAGGAGAUCAUUUCAGUCACUGAGCCGGAGCAUGAGGGUGGACAAUGAUAUGUUGGAGCCCCAACCACGGCUUGAUAGAAGAUUCAGCGUUUGUGACCGGGUUAUGUCAGGACACAGGGCUAGUGAUUAUGAUCCUAAUUACAGAUAUUGUUCCUCAGAUGAAGAAAACAACAAUGAAUCACCUGUUGUUCCACAUUGCUCACCUAUGUCCUAUUACAAUGGAUCUAACCCUGGGGAGGACUCUGAAAGACAAAGAGGUCAGUCUAGAUACUGUUUGGUUGCAAGCAAGCAAAUGGUGGGAGUAUUUCUCACUGUUUGGGUAAGAAGUGAUCUAAGAGAUGAUGUUCGAAAUAUGAAAGUAUCCUGUGUAGGAAGAGGAUUAAUGGGAUAUCUUGGAAACAAGGGUUCAAUUUCUAUUAGCAUGUCUUUGCACCAAACGAGCUUUUGCUUCGUCUGUACUCAUCUGACUUCAGGGCAAAAGGAGGGCGAUGAGCUAAGAAGAAACUCUGAUGUCAUGGAGAUACUUCGGAAGACUAGAUUUCCUCGAGUUCCUGGCAUGGGAGAUGAGCAUUCCCCUCAGCACAUUAUGGACCAUGAUCGAGUCAUUUGGCUGGGGGAUUUAAAUUACCGAAUUGCACUAUCCUACCGAACUGCCAAGGCUCUUGUUGAGAUGAGAAACUGGAAAGCCCUGCUGCAGAAGGACCAGUUGCGCAUUGAACAGAGACAGGGUCACGUUUUUGAGGGAUGGAAUGAAGGAAAGAUAUACUUCCCUCCUACAUACAAGUAUUCCCAUAAUUCGGAUAGAUAUGCAGGUGCUGAUACUCAUCAAAAAGAGAAACGAAGAACUCCUGCAUGGCUGUUGAUUGCCUGUGAAGGUGUGAUCGUAUCUUAUGGUAUGGGAAGGGCCUCCGUCAACUGUCCUAUGUGCGUGGUGAAUCAAGGUUCUCCGAUCAUAGGCCAGUUUACAGCGUUUUUUUGGCUGAGGUAGAGUCUCUCAGUCGAGGCAGAAUCAGGAAAAGUAUGAGCUGCUCCAGUGCCCGUAUAGAAGUGGAAGAGCUAUUGCCCCAAACACCUGGAUACACAGGAUUCAAUUUCUAUUAAAGGGAUUGAUAUUUGAAAAUCAAACAAUCAGAAAUACGUGUCGCAAACAAUGAUAAGGUUGUUCCAUGAAUAGGUGGACAUUGCAAAAGAACCUUUGAAAGGUAGUGGAACUGUUGCAAUGGGUAAUAAGUAUAAUGGUUGAAAGUGACAUGUUACCAUCUUCCUUCUCCCAAAAAAGAAAAUACAGGUACCCUUAACCUGUUAUACUUUGGUGAUUCCUUGUUACUAACCCCACAAGUCUGCAACUUGCCAUUCUUUUCCACUGCCAUUUAACCCUUGGCAUAUGCAGCUAUGCACACAGUUUGAAUCAAACAACAGCUGUAACGGGCAAUGAUGGCUCUAUUCAAACUUGCCUACGAGCCACCACCGUCGUUUUGACACAGAAUUACAAUUCAUUCUUGUAAAAACAAGUAUAGAGAAGUGGAUAUGAGAUGACAAUAACUAGCAAGACUCAAGAAACGGUCCAACUGACAUUUCAUCACUUGUUAGUUGCUUAACUGUUAGUCAAUUAGCCGGACUUUUACAAUUUUAAGUGUAGAGUAGAUCAAAGACGAACAUAAUUAUUGUAGAUUGUUGAAUUGUAUCAUAAAAGUUCUGUAUAAAACCAUAGAUCAGAUUUUAGGAGAUGGGGAUGUGGGGUGACAAUCAUUUAUUGGACAGAAAUACAAAGUAAAAGAGCAAAGAAAAAUAAUUGGAAAAUUUGAUUGAUCUAUAAGCUACUUUUUACCCCCCUUAUCCUUUUUCUUUUUCCAGUAGUUGUUCUGAUUCUUCUUUUAUCU